CUUUACUUUUCUACUCUUGAACAUUUGAGUUGGAAACAUUUAUCAGGCUGUAGUGGGGAUAAAACAGUCUGGCCUUGAGGCCUUCUAUAUCAAUAUUUAUUUUUGAUGUCCCGGCUUGAGCCCCAAGGCACAUGUGUGUACUCAUGAACCUCUAUCAGCUGGUAACGCCACAACAGUGUAUUAUAAUAACUCUACCAGAUGGUGUGAUAUUCAGCAGCAGACUUCUGUGCUCUGUGGUAUAACACAAUAAUGAACUACAUCCAUAAUGGGCAACAAGUGUGUGCCGCGUUGCGUGAACACAAAGACAUGUAAGCCAGCCGUGUAAGCCGUGGACUGAAAUCAAAGUAAGAUGUGGCUGACCACUUGUUGAGCAGCAAUGUAUAACAGCGACGAGGAAAGUUAUGUGCAGAGUGGGGAUGGGUAUGUGCUGGUUCCAACUCCUAGUGAAGGGGAUGAAGCUGAAAAGGACACGUUGGUCCUGAUGAGCAAUGAGAAGCCAUCGAAACCAAAGGUUGAUCACGACGAGAUUGAGAAACUUCUUGGAGAUGUCCCACUCCGACAGAACUUCUCACAGCAGCUCUACAGCAGUACAGAGUUUGAUACUGAAGCUACCGGCAGUCAUUAUAAUCGCAGGUUCAGUGAAUAUGACUUCCACAGCCACAGAGCAGCGCCCUCCCUGAGUCACCGAACUCACUUCAGAAAAUCCUUACGAGACCCAAGUCGAGACAAGGGUCUACAAUGGAAGCGAUCGGUCACAAUCCACGGAGUGCCAAAAAACUCAAGGAGAUAUUCCGCCGGAAAAGGUGUGACAGAAAACGGAGGGAGCGGUUCGGUACAAGUUUUGACGAAGUCAAGAACUGCCGAAGAACCGUUGACUCUGAUCGAGGAAGGGGAUCAUACGGACAAUCACACCGGACACCAGGAUGAGUGUCCUCAGGAGGGCGACGAUGAGGCAGGCAUUGUCUUAAAGAAAAGAGUUGGGGAAAAAGUUGCAAGUGAAGCAGAUGAUGAACAUGAGGAGGAUGGUGAUGAGGAUGCUGUAAGAAAACGAGACAGUAAACUGCUGGAGUUAAGGAUCAAAGAAGACGAUGAUUCUAGUCAUCAUGAAGAGGAAGAAGAGCGCGAAGAAACAGAGGAAAGAAUAAAGAGGUUGUCACCAGUAUUCACACCUAAUGCAAGCUACAGACAUCCAAAAAGGUCUUCCAGUCAUAGACAUAAGCCAUCAAGACUCCACGAUCUGCCUCUCCAUGCUGAAACCAGACAAGAUGAGGGUUUCCCUGACAAGGGACCGGUAUCGCCCCAGCAACUCUCGGAGGUCACCGACCUGGAGGAGGCGUCCAGUCUGGACCAGCAUGCAUUGCAGCGCAUCGCAAACGCUUCUUUGCAUCGCACGGAUUCCAGACCCAGGAUAGGCAAGAAACAUCCCAAAUUGGAGGCCAAUAAUAGUUGUUCAGGGGAUGAAACUUCACAAGAACAUAAUCCCGUCGAGAAACAAGUCGGUUUCGACAAACCCUGUGAUUCAUCUGACGAUGAAGGGGAUGAAACUUCACAAGAACAUAAUCCCGUUGAAAAACAAGUCGGUUUCGACAAACCCUGUGAUUCAUCCGACGAUGAAGGAGACACACCUCCACAGCAACAUACUGACAGAUACCCCAGCCCUAAACCCGUCAAAAAAUGCGUCGGUUUCAGCGAACCUUGUGACUCAUCAGACGGUGAAGGUCACCGUUAUGAUGAUGUAGGAAGACGGAGAUCUAAGAUUUUAAAGACGCCUUCACCGUCCUCACGGACAUUGACUUAUCCAAGUACGCGCAGCCAUAAACCACAUGAGUUAUUUGUGGAGCUAGAUGAACUCCAGCGCAGUGAGCAGUAUGCAGGCAUCGGGGCUAGCAGCAUCCACUGGAAGGAGAAGGCUCGAUGGAUUAAGUUUGAGGAGGACCGAGAGGAAGGGUCGGAUCGAUGGGGCAAACCUCACGUCGCUUCCCUGACAUUUAAUAGUCUUCCCCAUCUUAGGAAAGGUCUGGAGCAUGGUUUAGUGUUACUAGACAUCCCUGAGACUACGCUACCAGCUAUCUUCAAUGCCAUGGUGGAAGGAAUGCUGAAUGCCGAGCUCAUACAACCAGAACAACAUGGAUUGGUCUUGAGAAUGUUGCACCAAUCUGCUCGCAAGAAUGUCACAGAACAAACCGGUCUCUUUCAAGCCUCAGUCAGACGUCUUUCAAUGUACGCCGGAUCGGAUUCGUCUCGCAAGACGUCCGUCAUCAGUACCUCGCCACCGACGACGAAUAAUGCCACAGUCCUGUCGCCCUCUUUUGACAAUCAUGCCAACGGGGUAAGAGGAACAUUAUUGUUUGCUGACGAGGUCCGCAUAUCAAUGCUGGAGAACAACAACAACAGCAACGCUGACGUGCCACUGACGAGACGCCUAACGGUUCACGGCGACGGCAUCAUGAGAAAGAUUCCCACGGGAUCCGAGGCAGCCAUCGUCAUGAUUGCAACCGAUGAAGCCUUUGAGGAACCAGUCAUGACGUUAGUCCGUCUCGAGGAGGCGAUCGUCUUUGAGAACUUUCUUGAAGUGCCUAUGCCCCUGCGGUUCAUUUUCUUCAUGGUUGGACCUAGCUUUGCCGACACGGAUUACCAUGAAAUCGGCCGUGCAAUGGCUACACUGUUUUCAGAUGAGGUGUUUCGAGACAUCGCCUACACCGGUUUAGACAAGCAUGACAUCAUGAAGGGAAUCAGCGAGUUCCUGAAUGACACCAUGGUCUUACCACCCGGAGACUGGGAUCGAGAUCUGCUACUUCCGAUCACGAGGAUUCAGAAGAAAGAACAGGCCAAGGUGAUGAGGAGACGACAGACUCUCAAACCGACCAAAGAGGAUACUGAGGCUGUGCUUGCAUUGGCUAAAAAAAUGCACAUUGAACUCCAACUGGAUCCCCUACGUCGGACCGGUCGGAUAUUUGGGGGUCUCGUCAACGAUGUCAAACGACGAUACCCACAUUACUGGAGUGAUAUUACUGACGCUCUCAACUUCCAAUGUCUGGCUGCCUUUGUCUUCAUUUACUUUGCCUGUCUGUCUCCAGCUAUCACGUUUGGUGGUCUGCUCAGCGAGAAGACCAAGAAGUGGAUGGGAGUGAGUGAGAUGAUCGUCUCCACGUCCAUCUGUGGCAUGCUGUUCUCUCUCUUCUCUGGUCAACCAUUGGUGAUCAUAGGAGCGACGGGACCGUUGCUUGUAUUUGAAGAACAAAUGUUUGUGUUUUGCGAGACGAUAGGUAUUGAGCUUCUUCCCUUCCGGACGUGGGUUGGUUUCUGGAUCUUUGUCAUCUCCAUCGUCGUGGUAGCCUUCGAGGGCAGUAUUUUGGUCCGAUAUUUCACUCGUUUCACCGAGGAGAUUCUGACUGUUCUCAUCUCGAUGGUCUUCUUGUAUGAGACCUUCCUUGGCUUGUACCAUACAAUCUGUGCCAAUCCUUUGCUUCCGGAGUAUUGCUUUGGCGACAACCUCCACCACGGCGUCGACGCAACCCACGAAUCCAACUACAGCUCCUCAGCAAACUACACCUCCUUCCUACCCGCUCCAGAAAACUACACUGCCAAUAGUAAUCACACAGUGAACUAUUACCAGCACUCAACGACUCCAUACCCACACACAACCUACCAUCAGACAUUGGGGCACGUCGUGGAGGAUGUACAUAAAGACCCGAGUUGUUUACAUGUGGACGAGUCUGAGUCUUUCCAUGGGGAUACGUGUUCACCGGGCCAUUGGACGCCGAGACCCAACACGGCGUUGUUGUCUAUUAUCCUGACAUUUGGCACGUACUUCAUCUCCUACUUUCUGCAGAUUUUGAGGAAUAGCAGUUUCCUGGGAAGAACAUCCCGUCGUGCCAUGGGCAACUUUGGCAUCGCCAUAGCCAUCAUUCUCAUGGUGUCCCUGGAUUAUAUGAUCAAAGACACCUACACGCAAAAAUUGAGCAUCACUGAUGGUUUUAUCCCCACUGAUCCCUGUAAGCGUGGUUGGAUGAUCAAUCCUCUUGGUUUAAACUAUGCACUCCCUGUAGGCGCCGUAUUUGGUGCCAUUGUACCAGCUUUUUUACUCUUCAUCCUGCUGUAUAUGGAAAUCCUCUUAACUGGUCAGUUUGUCAGCAAGAAAGAACACAAACUACGCAAGGGGACAGGCUUCCAUCUGGAUCUGUUCCUGAUGGGUGCUCUGUCCUUAAUGGCUGGUUUGUUCGGCCUACCGUGGAUGUGUGCUGGCCCCGUACGGACGGUGUCACAUCUGGGUAGUCUGAGCGUGCUCACAAGGACGGAAGCUCCUGGCGUCAAGCCAAGAUUGGACCACAUCAAGGACCAACGCAUGACCAAUUUUGCAGUCAGUUUGCUUAUAGGUUUGACGCAUUUUAUAGCCCCUCUACUGCGAGAGGUACCCAUUGCAGUCCUCUAUGGUGUCUUCCUGUAUCUUGGUCUCAGCUCCUUGAGUGGCAUUCAGAUCACUGAGAGAAUCAAGAUCUUCUUUAUGCCCAGCAAACAUCAUCCGGACAAGAAAUAUGUUCGCAUGGUCAAGGCAUGGAAGAUGCACAUGUUCACCUUUCUUCAGAUUGUCUCCUUGGUUGUCUUAUGGUUCAUUAAGACAUCCAUUAUCUCCAUGGUAUUCCCAUUUGGUCUGAUACUCCUGGUUCUCAUCCGACGCAAGGUACUUGGGUUCUUCUACACCUGGCCUGAGCUUGAAGCGUUGGACAGUGAAGAAGAAGAGCAUGAAGGAUUUGAUGCGUCUGAAUGAAGACGGGAACGUCAUCUAGCUGGGACCAGACAAGACUAAUCAGCUGGAGUCCAUCAACCCCCCAAACAACUCCAUGAACUGCGUGUGGCCUGCCUGUAGCAUUAUCCUUUGUGCAAUGAAUUAUCUGGAUCUUUUUAAUAUUGGGUGCAGACCUUUACUGACAUAGCUUUAUAAGCACUGUAUGCUCGGAGCUGUUCAAGAGGUACGAGAA